AUGCAUCUCUCAGCGUACGUCGGAUUCGUGUCCGUCGUCUUUCUUUUCAUUACACCACGGCCAAUCUUUGCCGCCGAUCAAACGUUGGACCCCAGCUUAGUUGCGGAUCUGAGGAUGGCAGCGACCAUGAAUGACCGACUCCACCUACUUUCGGACCACCAGCUUCUCUACAAUUUCUCCACCAACCCAAUGUAUUCCUGGAAGCCAGGGAGUGUCUGCAACGCAAAUGCCGCAACCUGGCCCGUCCUCUCAACCGUCGGGGCGACGGUGGCGCAACUGAAUCUGGGGCCAUGUGCAAUGCUUGCUCCGCACUUACAUCGAGCCGACAACCUCGUUGUUGCGGUGAGCGGAACGACUCACACGUAUAUGGUUCAAGAGAACGGGGCUCGACUUGUGGAGCAAAUCUUGACGCCGGGGAUGAUGACCAUCUUUCCCCGUGCAAGUGUGCAUACCAUGUAUAAUAUGGGCUGCGGGAAUACUCAACUCUACUCAUUCCUCAAUGAUGCCGACCCGGGAACACUGAACAUUGCGCAGGCAUUCUUCAUGAUGCCUAAAGAGAUUGGUACGCAAGUGAUGCCGUUCAUCAACCUGACCAAGAGGAACUGGACGGCCACAGGCCAGCAGAUCCCUGCCAUUGGGACAGGGAGUCAGGAAGGGUUUGAAGCGUGUAGGAAACAAUGCGGGCUUACCACGUAG